AAAACCCGUAUUACACUUGGACUCCCUCCUUGUCUCUCCUCUCUCAGAAGAACAAGGCUCCUUUUGAUAUUGCAAAUCAUGGAGAAAAGAGAUAUUGAUUACGUUUUGGUCCCAGCAGGCCUCCUAGUCAUGGUGGGAUACCAUCUCUGGCUCCUCUACCGAAUCAAAACCCAACCCAACAGCACCGUCAUCGGCAUCAAUUGCAUCAUUCGCCGUUUCUGGGUCGCCGCCAUGAUGGAGGACUCAUCCAAAAAUGGCGUUCUUGCGGUGCAGACGCUCCGAAACAACAUAAUGGCGUCUACCCUUUUAGCCUCGACGGCGAUCAUGCUCAGCUCUCUCAUUGCUGUGUUGAUGACUAGCGCAAACAAAGAUCGAAGCGCGUCUGCUUUCGUUUUCGGGGACACAAGUCCGAUGGGAUACUCGAUCAAGUACUUUGCCAUUCUGGUGUGUUUCUUGGUGGCUUUCUUGUUCAAUGUGCAGUCUAUAAGGUAUUACAGCCAUGCAAGCAUUCUGAUCAACGUGCCCUUCAAGAAGAUGUCACCGCAUCUGAAGCAUCACCAUUUGACAACAGAGUACGUGGCGAACACUGUGAACAGAGGCAGCUAUUUCUGGUCUUUGGGUCUCAGAGCUUUUUACUUCUCUUUCCCUCUCUUCUUGUGGAUCUUUGGUCCCUUACCGAUGUUAUUUUGUUGCUUUAUUUUGGUUACCAUGCUGUACUUCCUUGACAUCACUUUCCAGUUUGGGUGGGUUGCUGGGGUUGAUGAUGAGGAUCAAAGCAUCGUCAUCGAGGGAUGAAGAACAAAGGUUGUAAAGCUCUAGCUAGCUAGCUCUUUUAUCAUUUCGAUUACAAUACAUAAUGUUAAUAGAGUAGUGCCAGAAAUUAGUGUUCAUAUUCAAUACGAGUUGAACUGAAUUGCGAAGAUCUUUGAAUAAAAGACACUUAUUCCUUAGAGU